UAUCUAUUAAAUAUCUGUUUUAUAUCUUGAAAUAUUUGUUAUAUUUUUUGUAUAUCUAUUUCUUUAAAUAUGUUGUAAAAAAGAAAUGAUCAGUUGGUUCGAAUGUUUGUGUAAUCUCAGUAGCUUAAACUAACUAUAUACACAGAUCUCAGAUUCUCAGUUCUGUGCUCCACCUUGUGCUGACGUAGUCUUGCUCGUCUCCUGCAUCCGAGUGUCUGUGGUCUCGUCCACAUGUUAAUAACAGAGCACGCCGUCAGACUGUCUCUCCUGGAGGAUUUUCAUAGUGUUGCACUCAGUUUACAUGAAAAGAAACCCCGCCUAUGGUCAAUCACUGUCAUCAGUGAUGUAAUGUUAACAUGCACGUCAUCUUUUUUCCACAGGGAGGAGGGUGAGGAGGGCCCCGUCGACCCCCAGCCCCCCUCCAGAGAGAGAGACAGGUCUCGCAGUAAGACCAAGAAGGCCCGCAGGGAGCGUCGCCAUGCCGACCGGGGGGCGGAGACCACAGCCUCUGUGCCGCAGCAACAGACGGGGGCGGAGCCACAGACCCAGGCGUCGGAGCCGGUGGCGGGCCCCUCAGAGCCAGGGUCAGAGUCCGUGGCCGGCAGUGAGUCUGCAGGUUCUCCCAGGCAGCGGCGCUCUGUCAUCCGGGACCGCGGACCGCUGUACGACGACCCGUCACUGCCUGAAGGCUGGACCCGCAAACUCAAACAGAGGAAGUCUGGACGCUCUGCGGGGAAGUUUGAUGUCUACCUGAUCAACUCGGAGGGAAAAGCAUUUCGUUCCAAGGUGGAACUUAUCGCCUACUUCCAGAAGGUCGGCGACACGACCACCGACCCCAACGAUUUUGAUUUCACUGUCACCGGACGUGGAAGCCCCUCCCGCCGUGAGAAGCGUCCCCCCAAGAAACCCAAGGUGGUGAAACCAUCAGGACGGGGCCGGGGGCGGCCCAAAGGCAGUGGGAAGAUGCGGCAGGCUACGGAGGGCGUAGCUAUGAAACGUGUGGUUGAGAAAACUCCGGGCAAACUGCUGGUCAAGAUGCCCUUCGGCAAGGCAGAAUCCUCCACUGGCACCACCUCCACUGCCUCAAAGGUGGUGUCUCCGACCCUCGUGCCCAAGGCCCGUCCCGGCAGAAAGAGGAAAUCAGAACAGGAACUUCCGACCUCACCACAGACCACCCCCAAGAAACGGGGCAGGAAACCAGCCUCAGCCUCAGCCUCAGCAGCAUCAUCAGUUGCCACAGCAUCCACCCCUGUGGCAUCAACCUCUAGUAGCUCAACAGCUGGGAGCUACGCUGCAGCUGCCAUUUUAGCUGCGGAGGCCAAACGAAGAGCAGCCAAGGAGUCUUCCACCAAACAAGUCGUCCAGGACACAGCCCUGCCAAUCAAAAAACGCAAAACGAGAGAGACAGUGGAGGAGAGGGAGAGCGUUCAGACUCCAGCCGCUACACCAACUGAGACUGAAAGAAGGGUCUCUGUAGAGGUGGAGGCAGGUAAAGGAGAGGGAGCGUCAACCUCAGAACCUCAGCCUGCCCCCUCUGAGCAGAGUCAGUCACAAUCACAGAAGCAGCCCACUGCUUCAGAUGAAAGCCAACCACAGGGACACAAGGCGCAUAAAGGGAGGAAGCACAAGGAGAAAAUGGGAAUAGCAGCAGGAGAUGUAAAAAGCAGAGGAGAGGAAGAAGAUGAGGAUGUAGGUGAUAAGGGAGGAGAGGGAGGAGGUGGAGGAAGAAGUAGCAGCAGCAGCAGUAGCAUUAGCCCAUCAAAAAGCCACAAAAGGAAGGACCGGCCGCCUCACAAACACCACCAUCAUCACCACCACCAUCAUCAUCAUCGCCACCAACAUUCCUCUGCCUCCACAUUGGAUCAGCCUACUCCUCCUCCUCCGCCUCCUCCUCCUCCUCCACCUCCUCCUCCUCCAGCACCCUCCAGCCAGUCCAGGCCUGAAGUCAAGCCCCAGACUGUGCCUCAGCCCACCACCCAACAAUUGCAGCACACCCAGCAAGCUCCUCCCAGACCACAAUCCAAGUCUGCCCCUCAGUCCCCGCCUGAACCUCGGCAUCCUCCCCCUCAACCACGGCACCCACCUCAACCCCGUUCCCAGCAGCAUCCCCAGACCCAGUCUCUCAGUCAGCCUCAAGCCCAGCCUCGAUACCCAGCAUCCCAGCCCUCUCCUACCAGGCAUGUCUUGCCCCAGCCACGGUCCCAACAACCCUCACCCCAAAUCCACAGUCAGACCCAGGCCUCCCCCCAAAAAGCCCAAUCACAGCCUGUCCACUCCCCAGCCCAGCACCAAACCCAGCUUCAGGCUCAGCAUGCUCCACCACAGUCACAUCCUCCUCAGUCCCCAUCCAUCCUGCAUGUUCAUCCGCCCCAAACAAGGCACCCGCAUUCCCAAACCCAGUCUCCCACAGUACUCCAAGCUCAAACCCAGCCCAGGCACCCGUUUCAACCCCAAACCCAGCUCAAACAACAAUCUCAACCCCAGCCCCGGCAGUCACUGCAGCCUCAACUCCAACCCCAGGCCAGGAUCCCAGCCCAACUUCAGACUCAACUGCAGCUCAGAACCCCGACCCAAAUACAACCUCAAUCCCAGCCCAGGACCCUAGCCCAAACUCAGCAUCAACCCCAAUCCAGGACCCCAGCCCAAACUCAGCAUCAACCCCAAUCCAGGACCCCAGCCCAAACUCAGCAUCAACCCCAAUCCAGGACCCCAGCCCAAACGCAACCUCUAUCCCGGCCUAGGACCCCAACCCAAACCCCACCUCAACCCCAGUUCAGGACCCCAGCUCAAACUCAGCCUCAACCACAGUCAAGGACCCCAGCUCAAACUCAGCCUCAACCACAGUCAAGGACCCCAGCUCAAACUCAGUCUCAACCACAGUCAAAGACCCCAGGCCAAACUCAGCCUCAACCACAGUCCAGGACCCCAGCCCAAACACAGCCUCAACCCCAGUCCAGGACCCCAGGCCAAUCUCAGCCUCAACCCCAGUCCAGGACCUCAGCCCAACCUCACCUGCAACCCAGACAUCAAGCGCAGCCCCAACCACAGAUGAGGCACCCAUCGCAAGACCAACCCCAGACUCAAUACAGACCGCAACCCAGACAGUCUCUCUCCCAGCCAAGGCCACCCCAGUCCCAGUCCCAAGCACAACCACAUUUUCAGCGGAUUCAAACACAGCCACACCCCCAGCCCCACCCUCAGCUCACCAGGCCCCAUUCGCAGCACCUCUCAUCCCACCGACCAUCUCCCAGCCUAACCAGGACCAACCUGGUCCCUGCCCAGCAGAACCAGAGCGAACAGCCCCAAGAUCUGAGCACCACACGGCCCAGCCGAGGAAGCGUGCUGCCGAGCCGAGAGGUCGGUGUGGAAGGCGUCAGAAUGGAAGGGAGAGGGGAGCCGGCCAUGACAUCUGAAAGCAGAGAGGUUUUAGGAGGAGAAAGAGGGUCAAACAGCAACUCCAGGCCUCCCAGCUCCAUGCCUUCUGGACCUCCAGGAGUAGCCGGGGCUGGGGUCGGUCUUGUUCCUGGGGCAGAUGGAAGGGCUAGGCUCCGGGUGGAGCCAGAGGCAGCAGGUGAGGGCAGAGAGCUCAGAGACAUCGUACCCCAGUCUACCGUCCCCUGUCCCAGCCGAGAAGAAACCGUAGAGUCACGGACUGCCGUCAGCGAAAGAGUCAGCUGAUUGGUCGGGCUGACGAACAGGCUGAGUGAUCGGUAGACUGACGGACUGAGUCAGCACCAGGUGGAAGAGGCGUGUGACUGGGCUGUUCAAGGACGUUUAAUGAUUUUACACUGUUUUCAGAUAGAUGGAUAACGUCACACAGAGCUGGUAGGACUGUCGCAGCUUCUACUCCGUCUGACUCUGUCUGGCGACUCUGUAAAGUUCUGGAUUUGAGAACCAACCUGGCACUGAGGGACAGCUGGAGAGGAGAACGGAUAGUGUCUUUUUCUAGGAAAAACAAACAGAGGAAAAACCCGAUAAAAAGUGUGUGUGUAUAUAUAAUCAAAAGGCAGCUGUUGUGUCCCGCUAGUCUCCGAGGGGAGGGGGGGAGUAGUUUGGAACUAAAAACCAACGCUUAACAACACAUUACUCUGAACGAAACGUUGCUUCCGGAAUAUAACCUAUUUUUUUUAUUUUGAUAGUUUAUUGUUUUGUCUCUGUUAUACAGCUUUAAACUCUGAUAUUAUUGACUGACGGUCCCUUACUCAUCGCCAUGCUGCUGACUGACAGUCCCUUAUUUAAAGUCCUGCUCUUAACUGACUCAGUAAGACUCCUCCUAUUGACUGACAGUCCCUUACUGAAACUAGUUCUUUACUGAAAGCCUCAGAGGUGAUGUGGGGCGGUGGUUUGCACCUUUAACUGGUUUCUUAGAAUUUUUUUCAUCCCCAUUUCCAUCAAGCCCACAAUAAACAAAGAAGGGGGUCUGUAAUGUUCUCCAUCCACUUCCAGACUGCCCCCUACAGGUAGCGAAUCUGAUGUAUGAGUAUUUAUAUUCAUGACUCCACACAGACCUCAUUCUGAAGUCUUUGAAACCCAUUAUGAAUAUCGUUUGAAAUAUUUGAACAACUUGAGGAGUUCACGAUUCCUCCUGUCAGACACCAAAACAGUCGAGUCAGUUGUUUGAUAAGAAAACCUUGAGCGCUCCUCAUUCGUUUUUCAAGUAUUUCAGACGCAACGAGUUGUUCUUCCAGGUUAGAGAUUCUUCCUUACUGGUCUUCAUUGUUUGUUUUGGUAGUGUUUUUGUUUCCAAAGGAAGCGCUUUUAAUAUCAAACCAAACCCACUUUUACAGUAGCUUUAUUUUAGUUUGUAGUCUUAAUGAAAGAGUGGGAAAUGGACUCAUUUUUAUUGUGUCUUCGUGUUGAAUGUCUGGAACAGUUUGCACUCCUCCAGUUUGUACAAUCAACCGCCUGCAUGUCGCUCGGAGACCCCGCAGGCCUUCAACCGGAGCUGGCACGUACGCAGAGGUCGACCUCGCCGUGGGUUUACUGUCAGCCAUGUUGGUGAUGAACGAGGUCUGGUUUAGCUUCAUGUGGAGUCACAACACAAAACUAUUCAGUGAGCAGAAAACGAACUUUGAGUCUGUAAAUCCAGAUUUGAGAGCAUCAAGGAGAAUGUAAGAUUUGGAGACAUCUAGUGGUGUGGUUGCAGAUUGCAACCAACUGAGUACCCCUCCGCUCACUCCUCAUUUUCCAAGACUGAGGUAACGUGAGCCGCCGAGUGCUAAACUGUGGUAACUCCGUUGGCCUCGCUCAGAGGCCAUCCAUAACAUAAUAACAGUACUUAAGGAGCAACGGAAGUCAUGGGCUCCAGAAGUAUGGGGGCCAACGGGCCAUCCUCCCCUACACACACACUUUACGGCCCUGUCCCACUUUCUUUUUAAGGUCGUGAAUCGCUG